UUGCCUCUAUCACUGCUGACUGCAGCCCAAAACAAACCCAUGCUUGUAGAGUUGAAAAAUGGCGAAACAUUCAACGGUCAUCUCGUUAAUUGCGAUAAUUUCAUGAACAUAACACUACGGGAGGUCUACCAAACAAGCGCAGACGGGGACAGAUUCUGGAAGUUGAAGGAAUGUUAUAUCCGCGGUAGCACCAUAAAAUACUUACGUGUACCAGACACGUUGUUAGAUACUGUAAAAGAAGAGCAAGUCCGAGCACGAGAAGCUGGCCGAAGUGCGCGGGGAGGAGGGGGUUCAGGAAUGCGAGGAGGCCGAGGUGCUCCACCCAGAGGUGGCCGUGGAGGUCCAAGAGGUAGCGGACAACGUGGACGAGGGCGUGGACGGGGAGGUUAG